CGCGCUCUGCCGCAGCGACGGGAAGCCCGUCAGCCUGAGCUACAGAUGUCCAUGCCGAUUCUUCGAGAGCCAUGUUGCCAGAGCCAACGUCAAGCAUCUCAAAAUUCUCAACACUCCCAACUGCGCCCUUCAGAUUGUGGCAAGGCUGAAGAACAACAACAGACAAGUGUGCAUUGAUCCGAAAUUAAAGUGGAUUCAGGAGUACCUGGAGAAAGCUUUAAACAAGUAAGCACAACAGCCAGAAAGGACUCUCCACUAGACCCACUGAGGAGAGCUAACACCCUGUGAGAGAUGAUGAGAGGGCGGAGGUGUCGGGAGGGGCCUGAAUGGCGAGGCCCGGUGCCUGAGGAGUAGCGCACUGAUCUGGGAUGGGCCUGAGGUCUGCCAGCAUAUAGACGCCACAUUAUAGCUAUGGUACGAUAUCGCAGCUUGUACUCAUCCAUGCCCGGGACCCUUGCACAUUGGAGCUGUUAUAACUGGGGUUUUUCUAAGAAACCAUUUUAUCCCUACAGCAUUUCCCUCCAGUCGGUUCCCUCAUGCUCAUCAUAAUCACCAUCAUUCUCAUUCUCAUUUUUUUUUAAUUCCACGAUGACUUCAGUAUCUGUGUGUGAUUCCUUUUGGAUCUUCUCCUUUUCCCUGGGAAUCUGGGCACAGUCAGGUGAUGGCACAGCAGGGAGCUAAAAACAGUACCCCCUCCUCCAGGUACUGAGUGUGGAGGAAGGAUGCCAGGCGGCUCCUGCAGGGGGCGCCCCUUCAGCAAGGUCCAACCUGUGUGGCCUGUGGACACUGACCAGAGCCAGGCGGUGGCCACGGCAUUUACCUCCAUUUUUAAGUUCAGUGAUUAGAUCUGUGGGCUCCACGUAGAGGCCACCGUCACCAGUGAAUGUGCUCAGAGACCCUCUCUCAUCCUCUCCCUGCCUCUAAGAGCAUGCUCCCUCUUGCCGCCGCUUCUCAUUUCUGUAGCCUGAUCAAUGCGCUCUGGCCGGAGGAGGGCGAUGGCGGGGCCUACCACCCUGCGUCCCUCUUCUCCCUCCACCUUCCCCCAGCUCAGGGCCCUCUGUGAGAUCGUCUUUGACCUCCUCCAGAAUGGAGCCGGCUCUCUCCUGGGGGAUGUGAGAUCAUGUCCCUGCAUUCCCACAAAAGACAAGUCUUUGCAGAAUCAAUGCAGUUUUCAAUCUGAGGACUCAUUUGAGGAAUUUGGUUUCUGUGAUUGCCUCUGAAGCUUAUGUGUGCUGUGGGGGCGCUCCAAACUCUGAGGUUUCUGAAAUGAGAAGUGGGAAAAAAAAAA